UGCGACGACAGGUCUUCUUCAAUUUUGUGCAUCGCUGUCGAACUGCGACCAACCCAUCCCACCACAGCGCGUUCCUGCCAUGCCAUCAAGAUGAGUGUGCCGCGCGCCCGUCUGCUGGAUCUCCUCCAGGCUCGAUGCCAAAUUUUUGCGACGACGUUCAACCCUGAGGGGGUUCGCACCGGCAACAAGGUCUUGCGGCAAAGACUACGAGGCCCGGCACUGGUAGACUACUACCCACGACGUCUCGUAACCUUCAACGACAUCAGGAAGGAGUUUGGAAAUGAGUUUGUGAUGGAGAACGAGCCGGAGAAAGAGCGGCUACGCCAAGUCGAGGCCCUCAAAACUCGUGGGAAAGGUGCCCCCAAGAAAAAGAAAGGGCCUCCUGACCCGAAAGCAAAGAAGCGAUAGGCUAGGGCAGGUUCUGUAUAAUAGUAACACUGCACGCUGCAACAAUCUAUGUUCUCAUGUGCACGUCGCAAUCCCCCUUUGAGGGUCCGAAAUGUGACCUGAGCCGAGCAUCAUGACACAUUGCCAGGCCGUCUAUAUAGCCCCUGAGGUAGAGUAUCGGGGCUGCGGAAGGCGUGAGAUAGUCUUGCGGUAUUUAUAUUCAGGCAUAGCCAUGCUCCAGCAAGCAAAAUGAUAGCUUUUCCAGACUAAGAACUAGCGUCAAACUUCCCAUCCCGCUUGUUGGAGAGUGGAUGC